CGAUGAACAAACACCAUAGCUGACGUCGCUGCACUCAUCUCCCUCUUCCAUCCUUAGCGACCAUAAGUCGCGUCCUGACAUGGAUGUCCUUUCUCCUCGUCCCGUCAAUCUCCCUAUGCAGCCACCACCACUGCCAAAGGCUAUGAAGAAGCCUCGACCCGAACUGAAAGCAAGACCUGAGGAGAAACCUUCGAAUCCAGAUCGAAUCGACGACAAAUGGCGACCACCUGCGAGCAUCACAGAGCCUGGGUCAUCACCUGAGACGUACUCAAUGGGCAGAAAACUAGGGAAAGGAGGUUUCGCAGUAUGUUUCGAGGGUAGGUCGAAGCGGACGGCAGAGAUAUUCGCUCUCAAGGUAGUCAAGGCAAAAGUCGAGCAGAAAAAAAUGCUGGAAAAGUUCCGUACAGAACUCCAGAUACAUGCGAAGAUGCACCACCCGAACAUCGUUGAAUUCUUGAGGGCCUUUACCAUUGAGGACUACACCUAUGUUGUGCUCCAGCUCUGUCCCCAUGGCAGUCUCACCGAGAUGGUCAAAGCUCGAAGUUGCCUCAGUCUUCCAGAAGUUCGAAGAUUCAUGAUCCAGAUCUGUGGAGGAGUCAAGUAUAUGCACAAACGUUCUGUCAUCCAUCGGGACCUCAAAAUGGGAAACAUUUUCUUGGACGCACACAUGAACAUCAAAAUCGGAGAUUUUGGCCUUGCCGCUGUUAUGGCAGAUGAACAGGACAGAAGAACGACUCUUUGUGGUACGCCAAAUUACAUUGCGCCAGAAAUUUUGAGCAAGUCUGGCAACCGAGGUCAUGACAACAAAGUCGACACUUGGGCAGUAGGUGUGAUCUGCUACGCCAUGCUCAUGGGCACCCCUCCAUUUCAGUCAAAGACACAGCAAGAGAUCUACAGCAAGCUUCGAGGAUUAGAAUACGAGUGGAGGGUAGACAGCAAGAACUAUAUUCCACAUCAAGCCAAGGACUUUGUCGCGUCUUGCCUAAACCUCAAUUCCGCCGAAAGACCUGAAAUGGAUGACCUUGUCCAGCACGAUUUUUUCACUAUGGGCGCAAUUGCUGAGGAGCUCGAUCCGAUCUGCCUCAAAACGACACCGACAUGGUUAGCAAACGCCGAUCCACGAGGUGACAGAGUACGGUCUGGCUACGGGAUGAGCCUUGGUAAGCUGUGUCGGGAAUGUGGUGUUGGACUUGGCUCCGAUGGUCGACUUCGUCCUGGUGUUGGUGUUGGUGCUGGCAUAUCCGCUUUGUUGGAAAUCGAAGCAGAGAACCGAGAAGGAUGUGCGCCCGUAAUUCCUUUACCUGCGGGAGUCCUUUACAAGCAGUUUUCAGACGCACAUGCCGAGUGGACAGCACGCCAAAAGCACCCCCUAAUGACGAAUCGAGUCCGCAGUCGCAAGCCAAUUGCCGACAAGAUAGAAACCCUUACUUCGACUGGAGAGACCGCGGCCAUUCCGGGAUCGAUGUACCGAGCUACUUCGGUAUCAGUGUCGUCGACAGCUCGGCCAGUCCAGAGCUUUGCGGCCCAACAGCGACAACAGGCACUGCCUUCAGCGGCGCCUCGAAACAACUUGGCUGAACUUCCUAAAAGUAAAGUGUCUGAGGUUACGGAGCAACCAAAUCAAGCCCUGUUGAGAGAGCGGCCGUUGAGAGCAGCUACAAUUCGUUCAACAAGGAGCACCACAUUACGUGAAACAGUUUCUCACACGUCGAAGACACUUCCCAGAUCGGCGACUGUACCCGACGCAAUUGAUGGCCUUGCGAAACAGAUCGAAGCCGGCAUUGAGAAAGCAGAGCCGCGCAGAGUCAAGAGUGGAAUGGCUCUCAACAGACCGCCUGUUGAACAGAAAAUCGUUAGGAAAACGUCACGUGCCAUGGUACAAGUAGUAAACGCAACAGUCCGUCCGGAUUCAUCGUCCUCGAGUUCUUCAGGUUCACUCGGUGACCUUCCCAUUCGUGCCCUACAACCGAUCACUGCAAACGAUCGAGAUAGGUCGGUUGCCGCCACCGAAAGCCUGCAACCUUGCAACAGGGCACUCGAAAAACCUGCCUGCCAGCCUCGUGCUGCAUCCCCUCCUAGGAAAGUUCUUCCCAAACAUCAACCGAGGAUCAUUGAACAAGGCGAGGCUACCAAUUCUGUCCCACGUUCGUCGGCCUUUGCUGUCCUCGACUCGCUCAAGGGCAUGCAUAGAGCUUUAGAUGCCCGAAAACUUGACGAGGCCGGUCGUCGUCCGCAACCAACCUAUGGCACACGAAAGGAACGGGAGGAAUCGAAAUAUCCCCGAGUCGAAAAGUGGGUAGACUAUUCAACUCGGCAUGGCAUAGCAUACAUCCUCUCCGAUGCAACUGUCGGCAUGGUUCUGAAGUCUUCCGAAGACAAUGACAUGCCAAGUAGCUGUGUUGUCAUGCGUAAUGCAAGCCGACAUACACUAAAGCGAGCGAAAGGCCUGGAAUACCAAUUUGUGCCUCAAGGUCGCGAUGCGCAUGAUGUGGAGUUCUAUGAGCAAAGUGACUACAAAGUCGAUAUGAAGCGUGUGGACAUACCAGCUCAACAUUUCUGGCUCGACUUGGAAAAGUACCAAGGCCAAGUUCCGGCUGCCAAUGCCAUACAAGCCAAUUUGGUCGGAAGCGAGGCCGAACGUAUGAAAGAGGUGGGCUUACUGGACAAGUUUGGCAAAUACAUGAACAAGCAGAUGGGAGGCACCGAUUCAACGGAGCGUAAAGCCGAUGGCAAAAGCAAACAUUUUGUCCACUUUUACCAGCGAGUAGGGAAUGUUGGAGUCUGGAGGUUCGCAGACGGAGCAUUGCAAUUCAACUUUCCCGAUCACACAAAGUUGCUCCUUCGUUCCGAAGAGUCAGGAAAGGAGGACCUGCGAUGCCACGUUGAUUGUGUUUAUUUGGUGCCGACUGACGCCAUCAGUCUAGCUCAUCACGGAAUCAUCACAGUGGAGGCAAUGGAGCGGCGAGGAACUACCAGCUUUCCAUUGGAAGACAUCAUGACGGAUGUUUUGCGUCGCUCAGAGACGGAGAUCAUUCGCACCAACGAAAUCAAAGAGAAGCUGAGUUGGAUUCGGGCUGUUAUCGGUUGUUGGAUUCGGGAGGGUGGAUUGGGCAAGAUGGGUGAAGAAAAGCUUGGUUGGAGUGGUCUGCAAGAGAGAAGAGAUGAUAAGCGAACGAAGCUGCAAUGGGCGACAGUGGGAAGAUUCGGUGGUGACGGCGAGGGCAAAGGUGUCUCGAAGCAGCCAUAAUGUAGAGAGACGAUGUUUGAGAGUUCGAUUCAUCUUUUUCAGCGAGGGUGUUGAAGGGCGUUUGGUAUGACGUGGGUCAAAUACAGGAGGCAUGAGUAUGAUGAGUUAUGAGGUAUUCAUUGGC